AUGGCCGCUGCGACGAAUGCGAAGUGGGGCAGGCUAACGGCCGCACGGCACUUGCGUUGGGCGAGUGAGAAGAUAUUUUUAAGGGAGAUAGAAAAGACGUACAGAGGAGUAACCCCAAACCUUAUCCCUUCACCUCCCCUCCACUCGACCGCUCCAUCAGACCGCCGCCCAGCGCCGAGCCCCGCAUCUCUGCCAGGGUCGCGCAGCUGCUCGGCCACCCAAGACCGGCCACAGCCAUCACCUGCUGCCCCGCUGGUCUCUGCCGCCCGAGGAGCCACCCCACUUGGCCUCGAGGAGCCGCCCCGCCCGCCUCCAGGUCCGCCCGAGGAGCCACCCGCCCGCCGGCUUUGCCCCGGACCGACGCCGCCCUCUGCCUCGGACCGGCUCCGCAUCUUCGCCAGGGUCGCGCCGCCCUCUGCGUCGCCCCGCCAUCUGCCCUGGACCGGCGCCAGGUCGGCCCUCUGCCCCAGAUCCCUGCAGAUGAAUAACAGGCUCAAGGCAUUUGUUUUUGCUGCUGCUGCACAUUGGUUGUUGUGUGUCAUGACAAUUGUUGUUCGGUCUAGGAAAAGAAAACGAGUUGCAAGAAGGGAAGGGAUUACUUAUGCACCAAUAUAUGAAAGGGAUAAGAAGAGAAUGGAAUACCUCAAUGACAAAAUCUGGAAGGAUGACACAACUUGUGUAAACAUGCUGAGAAUGAACAAAGCACGUUUCUUUAGGGGAAUGGAAGCAGAGGGUAGUGCAGGGACUGGUGGACAUGCUACUUGGACUUCAACUUGGUCAGCCUACAUGCUCGAAUACCUUGCCAAUUUAGUGGUUAAUGGCACCAAGACUUCAUCCACCUUCAAGAUGGUUCACUACAAUGGGUGUGCAAAGGCUCUUCAAGAGAAAUUUGGCAUUGUGCGCAGUGGUGAGCAGGUUAAGAAUCACCUUAAGACAUGGCAAAAGAAGUUUCGUAAAAUAUGUGACCUUCGUGGUUUGAGUGCUGCUGGUUGGGAUGAAGAUACCUUCACUAUAACUCUUGAUGAUGAGCACUACAACAAUCAUAUUAAGGAUCACAAGUAUGAUGCUGAUUUUCUAAACAAGCCUAUUCAACACUUUGAGGAGAUGCACACAAUAUUUGGAAGUACCAUGGCUACAGGCAAGUUUGCAAAGGACUCGAGUGUGCCUCUAGGUACACAGGAAGACAGUACAGAUGACUGGGACAAUAAGGUGCAGAGGAUGGAGGUACAGAGUGAUAGGAAUGCAAAUGAAGACAACAAUGCGGCAACUUCAUCGGCUACCAAGGCCACCAAUCCUAAGAAGAGGGACAAGGGCAAGAAGAGGGCCAUGACUGACCAAGAUCCAUUGGUUGCUGCAAUUAAAUGGGAAAGUACCAAGUUAGCCAAGGCGAUAAAGGAAGCGGGGAAACCUGACAAUGAUGUGUCGGAUGAUUUGUAUGACAACUUGAUGGCUAUGAGUGGUAGUUUCAAUUCGACUCACUUAUCCUUCUACCAUUCCUACUUGGUCCAACAUCCUCACAUAGCUAGAGCUUUCAACUCCUUGCCUUUUGAACAUAAAUUCAAUUGGGUUGCAAAGCACAUUGCUGACAACUACCCUGGGCAGUAA